AUGCGCAGCGUUGACUCAACGCUGACUCAACGAACUCACCGACUCUCAGAGCUGCUUCUACCAGGGAGUGGCAGAAGCCUUGGUUUGGAUACAGGAAAUGCGAUGGACAACUCCUCGUAUGAUACAGCUUUUAUAUUUACUGCAUAUGGUAAACUGGACAGCUUCAGGCCCUUGUAUUUUAUUGUUGUUCUCUUGGUAUACCUCAUUACAAUUUUUGUUAAUGUUUUUCUUAUGACAGUAAUAUAUAUGGAAACAAGUCUCCAUAAACCUAUGUACAUAUUGGUAUUGCAUUUAUCUUUGAAUGGACUUUUUGGGAGCUCAGCUUUCUAUCCUAAAGUAAUGGCUAAUCUUCUAUCAGAUGUCCAAGAGAGUUCCCGGUUUGGUUGCUUAGUGCAGGCCUUUUGUAUAAGCUCGUAUGGAGCUUGUGCAUAUGCUGUCCUUGCUGUAAUGGCUUAUGAUAGGUAUAUAUCAAUUUGCAACCCAUUGCGCUACUACAGCAUUCUAACUCCUUCUAAAGUAAACAUACUUUUGAGUGUUGCAUACCUCCUUCCUAUUUUGCUUCUGUCUAUACAUAUUUUGUUAAUAGGAAGACUGCCAUUGUGUGGAUUCUCAAUACAUAAACUGCUCUGUGACAACUGGACUAUUGCCAGACUCUCUUGUGUAGAUACUAAAGUUAUUAAUAUUUUUGGUCUGUUUCUCACUACAGCUUUACUUAUUUUCCCAUUCCUUCUCGUUGUAUACUCAUACGCCAGAAUACUGUCUGUGAGCCUGAAUGCUUCAAAGGAAGCACAGGGUAAGGCUCUGAGCACAUGCACUCCUCAUUUAAUCACAUUUAUCAAUUUUUCUAUUGCUUCUCUAUUCUCAAUAAUGUACAAUCGCUUUGGCAAUAGCCUACCAAUAAGUCUGCAUAUAAUGAUGUUGAUUCUUUUUGUUGUAAUCCCUCCUUUUCUAAACCCAAUCAUUUAUGGAAUUAGAACGAGAGAAAUCAGGAAAUGUAUAAUAAAAAUACUCAGGAAAAGACAAAGUAAUGUUCAAACAGGAGUCUUAACUGCUAUUGAUACACAGAUGUCCACAGUCGUUGCUCCAAGGAUAUAA